CGCUCACUCUGCCAGCGUUGCUUGGAGAGCCGAGUGCCAGCGCUCCCGCCAAGGAGCCUGAAAUAUAGACACAACCACUUUGGGUUUUUGUUUUUUGACUUUUUGCGCAGUUUGGUUUGUCUUUCUUUAGACCAAGUCCUUGGGCGUCAGGAAGCCGGAAUUGAGGCAAUCAUUGAUGGAAAUGGAGACUACAGGCUAUCAGGACAUUAGUGCGCUGGAGAAAUCGGUGGCAAAUGCCGGUUCGCAGCUCUAUACGAUGGCCCACAAGCUGCAUGCCGUGGAACGGAGCCUGGAACAGACAACCAUGGAACAGAUGGACGAAAUGGAGGUGCUGGAGCUGCUUGAGUCGAUGAGCGAGGUGACCAAUGAGUACCAGAAUCUGCGCAAGGACAUCCGGGAGGUGCAGCAAUUGCAGCGUGACGUCAGCAGCUCCAUACGCUACCAGAUGCGCAGCAUGCAGCAGACAUUCCAUACCCUUAAGCAAAGGAUAGCCACCUCCCAGAAGCACCAGCAGCAGCAGCAACAACAACAGAAGCAGCAAAGUCAGCAAAAACCCUAAAUCAGAGUGGGGAUAGUGGGGCUAUAAUAGGUGGGGAUGGGGAUAUCAGUAAGGACCUACCCCAUUGCCCCGCCCAGGCCAUUUAUGAAUAAUCCAUGAACUUUAUUGAUUGGCCUGGGCGCUGGGUCAAAGAGGAGGAGCGAGGACGUGGGGGAUAGGUAAUGGGAAUCGGGGAGGGAUAAAAUGAGGGUUAAGAGGUCUGGGGACACCAAUCUGAAGCAAUCAACUGUGUAACUAUAUCGCUAAUACACACCACACCAAGCAUUUAGACUCGAAAUCAGAUCCUCUACUUUAUACGAUAUACUUAGUGAACUAUAAACCAAAUAACACCCGACCGAUUUAAGCACACAACACGCACACACUUCUAGUCUUAGGAAUAGCGUACUUUACGAUGAACCGAAUAAUGUCUGAUGCACUUUUCCAAAAUUUGCCUUAACAUAAUCGUAUUUGAGCUAGUUUUUGAUACGACACGUUUUGAAAAUAUAACUGAUACCCAUAAUACAAACAAAUAUGAUUAACAAAACAUACAUAUUAAGCUACACACACAAUGGCAACCUAUUUUUGGUUAUUCUUGUGUUUGUUUCACUUUUUGGAAAUUUGUUUGUUGAACGAAAACUGAAUAAAAAGUAUAAGUUAACAAAGUC